AUGUUACUAGGAUCCGACAUUAGCUCAGCUGUCAGCGAAAGUCUCAAAUUUGAUACAAUAAGAUUGGCUUACAAGCGCGUGCGAGCAGCACCGAUGGUUGUUCAACAAAAGGAAGAAGAAGACGUUGAGGGCGAGGAAAUUGGAACAUCAACGGAUCCAUCAAGUGAAGAGGAAGACUGGGAAGUAGAGGUUUCUUUUGAAAGAAGAGUAUCGAGAGCAAAGGAACUUCGAAGGGUGACCACGGAAAUCGGAAAAUCGGAAAUGAGAUCAAGAGAUGGAGGAUUAUUUGAUUGUGUCGUCCUUGUAAAAGUCAAGGAAGAAAAUCCUGAUGGAUCCAAUUCGCGAUCUCCAGCCAUCGAGUUCAGUUUUCCGGAGGAAAGAGGAGAAACCAUUCGACCUGAACUUGUUUUACCAGAUUUCACGAGAUUAGCUGAAAUUGAAUCAGGAGAAUGGUCGGAUGAAGAGGGUUAUAUGGUUUCACUUACUGAUAAUCAAGGUGUGAGAAGAUUUGCCUAUUGUAUACGAUAUCUUCCGGCAAUUGAUGCGGAAAAGCAAAGUUCGUCAAAUCUUCCUUGGGUACUCGCUGUUGUCACCGCCAAUCGAAAUUAUGGUUUCUAUCACGAAUUGGCAUUGCAUGCUGUUAAUUUCGCCAAAACGGGAACACCGGUUUUGAUGAGAUUUCUGCAGUCAAUUCAUUCGAAUCCGUAUCCUAGUGCAGGAUCGAGUUUAAUUUUUAUCAAGAGAAGCGCAAAUGGAUAUGAGCGGAAAUACGAAUUGCAGAAUUUGGGUUCAAAUCCUGAACUAAACACAUCUCAGGUUAUUCGAAGAAUUGGUGCUGAAAUAUCCGUAUGUGCAAUUGCAGCAUUAUUAGCUGAACAACGAGUGCUCAUUGCUGGCGACACGGUGUACACCGUCUCACAAGCCGUCAACGCUUUCGAAUAUCUGCUUCGACCAUUGAUAUGGCCGCAUACGCAAGUGAGCAUUAUCCCGGACAAUUUGACGGAUUUGUGUCAUAACCCAACUCCAUUUAUUAUGGGUAUUUUGAGGUCAAAUCUGACCAAUAUCAAGGAGCUUAUUGCGGACAAUUUGUCUUUAGAAGAUCUCAAGGAUAACUUCGUUUUAUUAGAUAUCGAUAACGGGUUGAUGAUUCCACCACCUGUUAGUUACCCUGAUAAAGUCAGCUUGGAGAACUGGAGAACAGCGGUAGCAGUUUGCUAUUGCAUGAGAGUUGGAAUGCCAAAAAAGGUUAGCGUUCAUCUAAUCAAUCUAUUCCGAGCUGCUUUGGAAGAUCACGACUCGUUGUCUGCUGACUUAAAAAUAGAAGCGUUUCAAGAGACCCAAUCCGGGAAUCGGUGUCCAUCCGAUGUCAGCCGACUUGAAAGAGCAAUGGAAAAAACGCCAAAGAGUCCAGAAAAGAAGCCAAUAAAUAAACUUCUCACCAAAGUCUCAACUGCCCUUCAUAUUAGCAAUAGUGGAAAUUGCCAGUGUCAAAAAAUGCGUCGGGUGAUUAUUAUCGCCCUUUUGGUGAGUGUUGUCCACUCACAACCAGCUCAACUCUAUCCCAGUGUUGACCCGAAUCAUUUUGGAGCAGAUGGCAAUCCCUGUUACGAUCGAGAGACACAAGCGCCGCAGCGUUGCGUACCAGAUUUUAUCAAUGCGGCGUUCAAUUUAGAAGUAGAAGUAACGAACACAUGCGGUGAAAAGAGUCCAACAGUAUAUUGCGUGCAAUCAGGACAUACUGGGCAACGCAACGUUUGCGAUACAUGCGAUGCAAGACAUCCGGCAUUUUCCCACCCACCGAAGUAUCUAACCGAUUUCAACAAUGCGAAUAAUGAGACUUGGUGGCAAUCGGAAACAAUGCUUGAAGGAAUGCAGUUCCCAACAAGUGUCAAUCUCACCCUCAAUCUGGGCAAAACAUUCGAUAUCACCUAUGUUCGUCUUAAAUUCAUCAGUCCACGUCCGGAAUCGUUUGCAAUUUAUAAGAAGACCACUUUGGAUGAUGAUUGGGUCCCAUGGCAAUACUAUUCAGGAUCGUGUCGCGCAACAUAUGGCAUGGCGGAUCGAGCGCCAAUUCUUCCGGGAAAUGAGAAUCGCCCGCAAUGUACCAAGGAAUUCUCGGAUAUUUCUCCAAUCACUGGAGGAAACAUUGCGUUCUCGACCUUGGAAGGCCGUCCAUCAGCGCAUGCCUUCGAAGAUUCGCAAAUAUUGCAAGAUUGGGUAACGGCAUCAGCUAUUCGAAUUUCGCUUAACCGCAUGAACACAUUCGGAGAUGAAGUGUUCAAGGAUCCGCAAGUGCUUCGCAGUUAUUACUACGCCAUCUCGGAUUUCGCCGUUGGAGGUCGCUGCAAAUGUAAUGGGCACGCAUCCGAAUGCGUUGGUUCGUCAUCCGUUGACGGAGAGAACCGUCUCGUCUGCCGUUGUGAGCAUAAUACCCAUGGAGCCGACUGCAAUGAAUGUUUGCCGUUUUAUAAUGACCGCCCGUGGAGAGCGGGUACCUCGAAUGAGGCGAAUGAAUGUGUUGCCUGCAAUUGCUCUCAGCUAUCAAACCGAUGCUAUUUCGAUCAAAAGCUGUUUGAAGAAACCGGACACGGUGGUCAUUGUAUUGAUUGCGAAGGAAAUACUCAGGGAGUUCAUUGCGAGCAAUGUAUUGCUAACCAUUGGCGUAGACCUGGAGAGAAUUACUGCGUCCCGUGUGGUUGUGAUGAAAUUGGUUCAAUGUCUACUCAAUGCAACGCUGAAGGGCAAUGUCAAUGUAAGCCGGGAGUCACUGGAAAAUAUUGUGAUCAAUGUAUGGAUGGUUAUUAUGACUUUGGACCAAAUGGCUGCAAAAAUUGUGGAUGUGAAGCUUCUGGAUCUCUCAAUAAUCAACCAAGAUGCGAUCCAAAGACAGGAUCCUGCACUUGCAAGAUCAACGUUGAAGGAAGACAAUGCGACAAAUGUAAACCUGGAUACUUUGAUUUGUCCAGUGAGAAUCAAUUCGGUUGCACUCCGUGCUUCUGCUAUGGUCAUUCUUCGAUCUGCUCAACUUCGGAUGGAUAUUUUGCUAUGAAUGUGUCGAGUACCUUCGACUAUGACAAGCAAAAAUGGGCUGCUUUAAAUCGUAUUGGCCUUCAAGAUACGCAGUGGGCCGAACUCGACAAAGCUGUUGCUGUUUCGGAUUACGAUAACUCGCCGGUGUACUUUGUUGCUCCUGAGCAAUUCAUGGGAGAUCAGAGAGGCAGUUAUAAUCAGGAUCUUGUGUUUGACUUGAAAGUUGCGAAACAUGUUACUAAUCAAGAUGUCCGAGAUAUUGUGAUUGAAGGAGCAGGACGUGAAAUCAGUACUUCUAUCACAUCGCAAAACAAUCCGUUCCCUACCACUGAAAAACAGACGUAUAGAUUCCGUAUUCACGCUGAUCCAUACUAUGGAUGGUAUCCGCGUACGAACGAGCUUGAAUUUAUUGGAAUUCUAUCAAACAUCACUUCAAUCAAAAUACGAGGAACAUACUCGUACAAAGAUAUUGGAUACCUUUCAAACGUUCACCUUGGAACUGCCGGAAUUGCUCCAUCAUCGACGAAUCCAAAAGCUGCUACCUGGAUAGAGCACUGCGAAUGUCUUCCAGGAUUUGUCGGACAAUUUUGCGAGUCGUGCGAGCCUGGAUACCGGAGAGAAAUCAAAUUCGGAGGGCCAUUCAAACGAUGUAUUAAAUGCGACUGCCACAAUCACUCAGAGAGUUGCGAAGCCGAAAGUGGCUCGUGCAUUUGCGAACACAACACUGCCGGCGAGACUUGCGAACGAUGUGCUCGGGGAUAUUACGGUGAUGCCCUUCAAGGAACCACUGAAGAUUGCGAGAAAUGCCCAUGUCCCAAUGAUGGACCAUGCAUUCUUCAUUCCGACGGAGACGUUCUUUGUACAGAAUGCCCACCUGGAUAUACCGGGCGUCGUUGCGACGAAUGUUCUGACGGAUUUUUCGGAAAUCCAAAAGAGGACACUGAAUGCAAAGAAUGCCAAUGCAAUGGUAAUACCGAUCCAAAUUCUAUUGGUAAUUGCGACAAAAUCACUGGAGAGUGCAAAAAAUGUGUUUUCAACACAUUCGGUUUUAACUGUGAAAAGUGCAAACCAGGAUACUGGGGAGAUGCUCUCAUCGAGCCAAAAGGAAAUUGCCAAGCUUGUGGAUGCUUCGCAGCAGGCACUAAGCGACCAAAUAACGAUUAUACCCUUCUCGAAUGUCGACAAGAAGACGGCCAAUGCGAAUGUCUUCCAAAUGUUGUUGGAAUUCAGUGUGACCAAUGCGCUCAUGGCUUUUACAAUAUCACGUCUGGUGCUGGAUGCCAGGAAUGUAAUUGCGAUCCAUCCGGCUCGGAAUCGAACACUUGCGAUGUCAUAACUGGACAAUGUCAAUGUAAACCAGGUGUUACUGGAAAACGCUGCGAUCAGUGUAUGCCUUACCAUUUUGGAUUCUCUGCCGAAGGCUGCAAACCUUGCGAUUGUGAGCCGAUUGGUAGCGAGAGUGCUCAAUGCGACGUUCAGACUGGACAAUGCUUGUGUCGUGAAAAUGUCGAAGGAAGACGCUGCGAUCAGUGCGCGGAGAAUCGUUAUGGAAUGACCAGUGGAUGCUUGCCUUGUGAUGACUGCUAUACGCUUAUUCAGAGUCGUGUCAAUGUGUUCCGCGGAAAAAUUAAAAACCUUGACAAUACUCUCCAGGAGAUUAUUGAGAACCCAGCACCAGUUGAUGAUUCUGACUUUGACAACAAAGUCAAGGAUACCGCAAAGGCUGCUCACGAGUUGUGGGAUCUUGUAAUGACUACUACCAAAGAAGGUGGUGGAACGAUUCAGACUAAGGCGAAGAUGAUCAAGAAAGAGAUCUUGGAAGCCAUGGAAAAAUUGAAAUCCAUGGAUAGUGAGUUUGAAAAAGUUCGAGCUGGAGCUGAUGAAGCAGAAAUUAGCAUUAAACGAUGGGCUAUUAUCAACGAAAAUACCCACAACGAGAUUGAAAAAACUAUUGAAUAUUUGUUGACCGAAGGAGAGGAACGCGCAAAUAUUGCUGCGGAAGCUAGCAAGAAAUAUGGAGAACAAAGUGUGAAAAUGUCUGAAAUUGCUCACAAGACACGAGAAGAAGCUGAAAAGCAUUUGGAAAAGGCGAAGGAAAUUGAACAACUUGUUGAUGAGACGGUUGUUGCUGCGAAAAAAGCGAAUAAGGAAGCUAGUGAUGCGAUUUACGGCGGCGAGCAAGUUUCUCAACAAAUUGCCGAGCUCAAGAAUCGUCAGGCUCAAUUGAACGAAUCUUUGGCACGUACAAUGACUCUUGCUGAGGAGCAGAACAAGGCUGCUGAAGAGAUGAACACAAUUGCUGCGGUUUCGCUGACGAAUGUUGAAGGCGUCAAGCUUCCAAGUGUUAAUACUGCUGAUAUCCGCAAAGAAAUUGAUACGAUAAACGAGGAAUCGGCAAAGGCCACUGAGAAUGCGAACAAGGAGAAUGAAGAGAACAAUAAUUUGUUUGAAGAAGUUGAAAGAACCGUGGCUGAGGCUACCAAUGAAUUGCAAAGCUCUCAAGAUCAACAGAAGACGGCUGAUGAGCUGAUGGUUGAAAUUGACAAAGCCAGAGGAAAAGCGGAACAAGCUGUUGAGCUAGCUGAGAAGACGCUCAAGGAUGCUGAAAGCACUUUGGAAAUUCUUACGGAAUUUAACGACAAAGUAGACGCUUCGCGAAAUGCUGCUGUUGACGAGCUCACACUUCUGCAACAAACUGAGCUUAUAAUCAAAAAGGCUAAUGAUAAAGCAUCGGAAACGGAAAAAAUAAUUGGAGACGCUUCAAAGGAUGCGAAUAGAUCAAAACAACUUGCCGAAGAAUCUCAAAUUGAAUUGAAUGCCACUAUUGCGGAGAUUGCGAAGAUCAAACAAGGAGCUGCGGUUACGAAGAGCUCGGCGAUUUCUAUGAAUGAUGAGGUUGAGCAGCUUAUGGAAGAAUUGGUAGAGACCAAAGAAAAUAUGAAAUACUAUAAGAAACAAGCUGACGAGGAUCAACAAAUCGCAACAGAGGCUGUUAGAAAAGCAUCACUUGCUAAGAAUGCGGCGUCGGAAGCCAAUGGAACAGUUCUUGUCGAGGAGGAAACUAUUAAGAAAAUCAUUGAUGAUUUGAUUUCUCUCCAAGACAGCAGUACUCUUGAUCUUGACGAAUUAGAGAAAGAACUUGAUGAGAUCGAUGAGUUCCUUGCUAAGGAAGCAAUCUAUAACGAUGUGGAAAACUACAAAUCUUCAAAGGAUGAAGAAGAAGGAAAGAUCGUUCUUCUUAAGAAUGAAAUCACCCAACUCCAGAAAGAAGUUAUUGCUUUGGAGCAAGUCCGCGAUGCUAUUCCGAACAAGUGCUUCAACAUUAUCAACUUGGAGCAAGAGGGCCAAAAAUAA